AUGAAGAUUCAAUUAUUAUAUUUGGUAGUUAUUACCACCGCAUUGCUUGGUUGUUUGGUGAGUGGACAACCAACUGUUGUACCACAACCACAAUCCUACCAAUCGGGUAGUGUUUCCGUGUUGUUGAACGACAAGCAAUUCUCGAUUGAACCAUCGAUCAAUUCUGCCACUUUCAAUGUCGCAGUCAAGCGUUAUUCCAGUAUGUUUUUCCAAUUCGGUGAUACCACUCCCUACUUUGAAAAAGGCACGGGUGCCUCUGGACUCAAUACUCUUAACAUCACAAUCGAGUCGACCAGCGAAGAUCUCUACAUGGGUGUCGACGAGAGCUAUUCGAUCACUGCCACCUCAAGCGAACUCUCUAUCAGCGCAAAGACCAUCUACGGUGCCAUGAGAGGUUUGGAAACCUUUUCACAACUGAUCAUCUACGAUCAAUCUUCAAAAACCUACUCCAUUCCAAACACACCAAUCGCCAUCAAUGAUUACCCACGUUUCCCAUGGAGAGGUUUCAUGAUUGAUACUGCUCGUCAUUGGUAUCCACCUAGUUUUAUAUUACAUAUUAUUGACACUCUUGGAUAUAAUAAAUUCAAUGUAUUACAUUGGCAUUUGUCUGAUGCUCAAUCAUUCCCAGUAGAAUCAAAAAUCUAUCCAAAUUUAACAUUGGGUGCAUUCAAUCCACUUGCUGUUUUCUCUCAUGAGCAGAUCGAAGAAAUCGUUGCCUAUGCCAAGACAUACGGAAUUCGUGUGAUUCCAGAGUUUGAUUUGCCGGGACAUGCUGCAGGUUGGGGUAUUGGUUACCCAGAUUUGCUAGCGCAAUGUCCAGGAUAUGCCUAUAACAUCAACAACAUUGCCCUUGACAUUGCCUCUGAGGGUACCUAUGAUUUCUUGAGAAACUUCUUUACAGAGAUGACCCAGUUAUUCCCAGAUGCCUAUUUCCAUACUGGUGGAGACGAAGUCGUUUUCGGUUGUUGGACUGCCGAUCCAGCCAUUCAAAGUUGGAUGAACAAGAUGGGAUUCUCAACAUCCGUUGCAUUCGAAUACUUUGAGAAUCAAAUGGACGAUAUUCUCAUUCCACUCAAUCGUACAAAGAUCACUUGGAACGAUCCAUUCGAAGCCGGUGUCAAGCUCGGACCCGACACUCUUAUUCAAAUUUGGAAUAGUGCAACCAUCACCCAACAAGUCUUGGAAGCCGGUUACAAAGCAUUGGUUUCUUUCGCAUGGUAUCUAGACCAACAGGUUCCAAUGGGAAACACCUACUAUGAGUUUGAGGACACCUGGAAGACAUUCUACUCGAACGAUCCACUCAAUGGAAUUACAACCAACGCACAGAACCUCCUCGGUGGAGAAGCCGCAAUGUGGAGUGAACAAGUCAGUCAGAUGUCUUGGGACGUCAGAGUUUGGCCACGUUCUUUGGCUAUUGCCGAACGUCUUUGGUCCGCUGAGAGUGUUACCGAUAUCACCUCGGCCAUUCCACGUUUCGACAAGCAAUCUUGUUCGAUGGCCAUUCGUGGUGUCAACUCAGGACCACUUCAAUCCGAUUUCUGUCUCUUACCAAUCUAUCUUUACCCAACUGGUAUCGAUGGCAAAACUCAAUUGAAAGAAGAGUUCAUACAAUACAAUACACUCAUGAGUGUUGAUAAUAAUAUUAAUAGUUCAAGUUUCAUAGCUACUUUAAAUAAUAACAACAAUAAUGUUGAUGAUAAUAGUAUUAGUAGUAGUAAUAGUUUAGUAUUACCUAAUCAGCUAGGUAAAAGAAGUAGAGAUGAUGAUGAUGAUGAUGACUAUGCCGAUAUUUUCAAUGAUCUAGAUAGUUUUCAGUUAGAAACAGACAAUGUAAAUGUUCCUCAGAUAUCAAACACAACAGCUUCACUAGCACUUACUGCUGCUGAUAAUAAGAAAAAGAAAAAGAGAAAGAGAUAUAAAAAGAAAAAAAAAGAUAACAACAUCAGCAAUCUUAACAAUCAAAAUCAAAAUAAUAGUAUUGGUAGUAGUAAUAAUAAUAAUAGUAAUAAUAGUGAAGAAAUACACACGAAACAUCUUUUAUAUUCAAGUUCAACAAAGAAUAAAUAUUGGAGAUGUAAUGAUAAGAAAGAUGUUAGAGUUUUGAUGAAUAGGAUGUUUAACUCCAAGGUUGGACAAUGUCUGUUUAGUCCAGAGGGUUUUAAGCGACCAUCGAAUAUCAAUGAACUCAAUAUGAAGAAAGAGAUAAUGGUUCAAUUCCCAUUGGUUCAGAGGAUGCUCUUCAAAUUAAAGUCAACUCCAUAUUCUUUGAUUUUAGAUAAUCUAAUUAGAGAGAAAAGACAAUACGAUGUAUUUAAAUACAAUAGAAAUAGACAAAAUAAUAAUAUCACUAGUGAUGAAGAGGAGGAAGAAGAAGAUGAUGAUGAUGAUGAAAUUGCAGUUAGUGACAAUGAAAUGGAUAGUAACAACAACAAUAAUAAUAGUGGUUUUAAUGUUACUACAUGUAAUGUUGGUGGAUAUUCACAAUUGAAUUUGGAGGAUCUUAUCAAAGGAAAGGACAUUGAAGUUCAUUAUAUCUAUAGAUUCAUAUUGACUAUAAUCAAUAAUAUACUACCUCCUAAACAGAUUUGGAGAUCUCCUUCAAAUUCAACAGCAACAACAAACAUUACAACCGUUACAACUACCACUACAACAACAGCAACAACUACGAAUGUUGUUAGCAACAAGAAACAAUUUGAAAAAGAACUUUUAAAUUAUUUAAAGUCAAAAACAUAUCAUUACAUUAACUUUGAUCAAUUAGUUAAUAGGUUUAAUGUGAAUGAAUUCAUUAUACCAAAGAUUAAAUAUCUAAGAUCAUUCUUAUGGUGGAUGUUUGAUGAUAUGAUUCCAACUUUGGUUACCAAACAUUUCUAUUGUACAGAGACUGCACAAUCGAGAAUCUCACAUGUUUAUUUCCUGAUGAAUGAAUGGAAUAGUUUAUCAUCCACUCAAUUAAAAUCAUUAAAGAAAUCAAAUUAUAAAUUAUUAUUAAAUAAUGAAUUAGCAUCAUAUAUUGAAUCAAGAAGAACAGGACUGUCACAUCUUAGAUUUCUACCAAAAGAGAAAUCAUUGAGACCAAUUGCUAAUCUUGGAAAGUCUGCUACCAAGGCAACAAUCAUCACAAACAACGGUACAACUCUUACGCAUAGGAAUUUUAAAUUAUCAAGUAACUCAACUAUGGUUGAUUAUUUCCCUAUUUUAAAGUAUGAAAUGAAUAAGAAUCAAAAGUUAUUGGGAUCUACAGUUACUAGUAGAACUGAUUUCUAUCACAAGUUUAAAGAAAUUAAACCAAAGUUACUAUCACUUGCCAUGAGAGGUGUAAAGAUUCAUAUAAUGUCAAUAGAUAUCAACAAGUGUUUCGAUUCAUUGAUGCAAUCGAAAUUGAUACAAAUAUUAGAUGAGAAUGUAUUUGUAAAUGAUAAAUAUAUUAUAUCAAAUGUUAGAAUACAAUUUAAAGUUAAGAAUAGACGUAGAAUAAUAACGUUGGCGUAUGCAGAGAACGAUAGAGCUGAUUUCGAUGCGAUGUUGGUUCGUAUUAGAAGUCAGUUGAAUGUCGCUAGCGUUGUGGAGAAUAAGAAGGAUAUGAGAGAGAUUGGCAGACAAGAGGUGCUAGAGGUGUUUGACGAGUUGAUAUGUGAGCACAUUCUAAAGUAUGGCGAGGAUUACUACUUGCAGACGAAGGGCAUUGCUCAGGGUGCAAAGAGUUCCACCAAGUUGUGCGAGCUGGAACUUGGUGAUCUCGACAACCAGCUGCUAAUGCCACGCCUGUUGGAUAACAACCCGAAUGCAUUCAAUGCACUGGUUCGCUUCGUCGAUGAUUACAUCUACUUUACCGACAGUCCGAGUAACACAGAGCGUUUCAUCGAUGUCUUUACUAAUGAGACACCCGCUCUCUAUGGUGUCAAGUCAAACAACCAGAAGACCAAACAGUUCCUUCACGAUUUUGGCAAAGCAAAGGGUAUCGUUGAGUUGGACGGUAAAUACAUGCCGUGGUGUGGAUUACUUAUCAACGUUGAAUCAUUUGAAAUCCUAUAUGACUAUUCAAAGUAUUCAGGAAAGAAGCUUAUUAAUGAAUUGACAUUUCCAGCAAUGGGAAGAUUAACAUUACAACAAAGAUUAUUAAACUUUCUAAACUCUCAAGUCAAAGCAAAGUUAGGUUAUCAAUACUUGGCAAUGGCAUUUUGUUGUUGGAUAAAGAAAUAUUAUAGUACGAUUGCACUUUUAGAUUUUGAAAAGGUUAAAAUCUUUAAAGGUUCGUUUAUCAAAAGAAAGGUUAGUGAUAUCCCAUUAAAGUUCAAUGACUUUAAAUGGAUCGUUUACACAGCAUUCCAUUUGAUAAUGUCAAAGAAAACCGGUUUCCCCAUAAUCAACAUGUUAAGAAACAAACUCUCUAUACUCUUACGAUCAAUCACAUCAUUCAAGAUUAUCUCUACCAAUCUAAAGUUUCUAUUGAAUCCAAAUCUAUCUCUAGAUUUAGCAAUGAUAAAAUACUAA